UUUCGGAAGGGCUGCAACAUGGACGAUGAGGAGGAGACUUACCGGCUGUGGAAGAUCCGCAAGACCAUCAUGCAGCUGUGUCAUGACCGUGGCUACUUGGUGACUCAGGAUGAGCUGGACCAGACACUUGAGGAGUUCAAGGCACAGUUUGGGGACAAACCCAGCGAAGGAAGACCAAGGCGCACAGACCUCACCGUGCUGGUGGCCCACAAUGAUGACCCCACAGACCAGAUGUUUGUGUUCUUCCCAGAGGAGCCCAAGGUGGGCAUCAAGACCAUCAAGGUGUACUGCCAGCGCAUGCAGGAGGAGAACAUCACACGCGGGCUGAUCGUGGUACAGCAGGGCAUGACGCCCUCCGCCAAGCAGUCUCUGGUGGACAUGGCACCGAAGUACGUUCUGGAGCAGUUCCUACAGCAAGAGCUGCUCAUCAACAUCACGGAAUACGAGCUGGUCCCUGAGCAUGUGGUCAUGACAAAGGAGGAGGUGACAGAGCUGCUGGCUCGAUACAAGCUUCGCGAAAGCCAGCUGCCCAGGAUCCAGGCUGGGGACCCAGUGGCGCGCUAUUUUGGGAUCAAGCAGGGGCAGGUUGUGAAGAUCAUCCGGCCCAGUGAGACAGCCGGCCGCUACAUCACCUACCGCCUGGUACAGUAGCACACAGCAGGUUGUCCUCUGACCUCCCGUGAGGGCAGGCUGUAACCCCAUCACCAGGAGGUGGGCCAGCACCCUGGAGACUGCAGGAGGAUUGCUGCAACUUCAAGUGAGUUUAUGACUUCAAGAACUGGUCCGUCGCCGCUCUGGUAGCUUCUGGUAUGAGAUACUCGUCUGAAAACAGGAAAGGAACCCGCGUAGGAGCCAGCUGAUCUGCCCUUCCUCGUCACCAGCACCCUGCCUGCUGCUCUGUGGGGCCAAGGGUACCGGCCACAACCUCUUUGCCUUUUGACUAGAGGGUUCCCACCUGGCCAGUGCCUUGGGAAUGUGGCCCUGGGCAGCCAGCAUCACAGUCCUCCCUGUGCAAUCUUGGUGCAC